AUGGGCCCGCCACGAACCCGCGCGCAGCGCCUCGCCGCGCAGCAGGCCGCCCGCAGCCGCUUCCACGAGGGCUCCAUGAACGACCGCGUGUCGGCCGCCCCGCCCGUCGCGUUCCUCUUCGGGCCCGGCGAGCGCGAGGCCCUCGAACAGCCUGUGUUUGGCUUCGGCGUCGUCGGCGCCAGCAGCGGUCAAGCCGUCGAUGAGCAGCAGAGGCGUCUGGGCGGCGACGAUGACGAGAGGCGGAACGGGGGGUUCCAGCACCAGCAGCAGCAGACGCUAUCGCAACAACAACAAUCACAACCGCCGCAACUGCAACAACAACCACCGCCGCCGCCGCAGGACGGCCGACGCAAGGCCCUCCUCGGCCAGAUGUGGGAAGGCCUCCGCGGCAGGCUCAGGCUGAGGAGGGACCCCGCCGCGGAGAACAACGACGCCGCCACAACGGGCCGGAAGAGGCGCGCAGAGAGCAGAGAUGACACCGGCAGCAGCAGCAAUAACAACGCGCAGGCAACGAUGCCGCCGCCCUCGACCGCAGAGAUUCCCGGCCUCGGCCUCGGCGACCGCCCCACGCGCGAAGAGGUCUACGCCAACUACCACCAGCUCGUCGCGAGCGGCUUCUUCUCCAGCCACGCCAUACACUCGACGCGCCAGCCGGGGCCCUCACAACGCCCGGCGACGUCGCAUGAUGCCCGCUCGCCGAACCAUGUGCGCCACGACCCGCCGCAGUGGCCGCUUGCCGUGCCGCCGGCCCCGGGGAUGACGACGGCGUCGACGGCCAUGCUGAUGACGCCGCCGCGCGGGCCGUCGCCCAUAUGCUCGCCCGCCAGCGCCGCCUCGUCGCGCGGGACCAAGCGCGCCGCCGAGGACGACGAUGACGACGUCGAGGAUCACGUUGCCGACACGGCCAUGCGCGGCGACGGACAACCCCCCGCCGCUGCCGCAGCGAUGGACUACGCCGGCGAGGACGCGUCGACCCUCGCGCACAGGUUCCUGCCCAAGCGCCUCCGCAAGUCGGCCAGCAGGGACAUCUCCCUCCCGAAGCUGCGCGCCGUGGCCACGCGCAGGGGCCUCGCCGGCGGGCGCCGCAGCAUCUCCAUGGUCGCUGAGGUGGGCAGCGGCCGCGCCGCCGCACCAGAGCAGCAGCACCAAAACCACCACCACGCCGGCGCCAACACCAAGCACAGCAGCAGCGGCGGCAACAAGCUCGCCAAGCGCGUCCCCGGGAGCUCCUUUCCCAACACCAGCAUCCUCCCCACCGACCCCUCCUCCUCCUCCCUCGCCCGCGCCUCGCUCGACGUCGUCCAGCAGCAACCCCCGGCGCCCCGACGGCAGCAGCAGACGCAGUCCCUCCGCGGUAGGCACGCGGGCGACGACGCCGCCGUCAUCAUGCCGGGCGCCUUCUUCGCCGGCGGCAGCAGCAACAGCAGCAGCAGCACGGCCAAGAGGCAGACGAGCUCCCGCAGCCUGCGCUCCAAAGCCGCCGCCAUGUCGUCGUUGUCUUCCGCAGCCGCGCACGCCAUCCCCGCCGCCGAAUCGGGUCCCCUGAGCGUCGUGCCCGACGCAAACAGGGGCAUCCCCGACGUCCCCGCCAUCCCCGCCAAGUUCACCUACGGCGAGGACAGGGAGAAUGGCGUGCCGUGGCGCGGUCUGCGGCGGUAG